GCGCGAGGUACGUGGAGUACAGUAACCUGGACCGAGGGACGAGGGUCACCAGAAGGAGGAAAACUCUGACCGUCUGCGCUCCUUCUGGGAGGGAAUCGGCGGUCUUCAAAAUUCCCUCCCUUUGAACAUCUGCAGCGGACACCGGCAUAUAAGGUGCCAUAAAAACCUGAAAUUGGAUCGUCCAGCCGGUACCAGAGCCUGAGCCUCCAGAAAGGACCAGGAGUGGCGGUUAUUGAAUGAAAAGUGACCCUCCCAAACAUGCUGGCAGAUGGCAGAGAUUCAGCCUUUGUCACCAUCUCUGAAGCUGAGGCCACACCUGAGAGGGAGAGGUCUUGCCUCUCCACCUCCAGAGGGAGCGGCCUGGACCAGAGCCGACGGCAUCGGACGGCCUUCACCCGGGAGCAGCUGUUCCGCCUGGAAAAGGAGUACAGCAAGGAAAGCUACGUGUCCAGGCCCAGGAGAUGCGAGCUGGCUGCAGCGCUCAACCUUCCGGAGACCACCAUUAAAGUGUGGUUCCAAAAUAGACGGAUGAAGGACAAGCGUCAAAGACAAACUCUGGCCUGGCCCCACCCACUGGAUCCCAAUGUGUACGCUUAUGUGAUGAGCCAGGCUGUGGCCACCCUGCCUCAUCCCCUUUUACCCCACUUUCCACUGAACCUCUAUCAAGGGCUACGCGGGGGCUCGGUGGCGCAUAGCCAUUUCGCCGACUCACCGAGGCCUCCAGACCCCUUUCACCUGGUUCCCUCCCCGUAUCCUCGGCGCGAACUGCUCGGUAGCCUCCCGCAGACCCCCCUCUACCCCCAUCGCCUACGUGAUGCGGCACCGCUCAACUUGCCCCUGUGCUACCUGUUUCCGAUGGGAGCCGGACCGUCGUCGCAAAGUCAAAGGGGAGGUGGUUCUUAG